AUGUGGUCGCAGGAUCCAUUUGCCUCAUACGAUGUUAACGGAAAUGAUGACAAUCCGGAACCGCGUUAUCACGACAAAGUGACUGCGUCCAAUCGUCACGGGACUCGGUGUGCGGGCGAAGUGGCUGCUGUGGCGAACAAUAGCCUUUGCGGACUCGGGAUCGCCUAUCGUGCCCGGAUCGGUGGUGUUCGUAUGCUGGAUGGAGACGUGUCCGAUGCAAUGGAAUCACGCUCACUGGGACAUCAGCUGCAACAUAUCGAUGUGUAUUCCGCCUCGUGGGGUCCGGAGGAUGAUGGCAAAACAGUGGACGGUCCAGGACGGUUAGCUCAAUUGGCAUUCCGAAAUGGAAUUCAGAUGGGUCGAGGUGGUCUCGGUUCCAUUUUUGUCUGGGCCAGUGGAAACGGUGGCAAAAGCGGUGACAAUUGCAAUUGUGAUGGCUACACAAACAGUAUCUAUACACUCGGUGUCAGUUCGGCCUCGGAGCAUGGCUCUGUCCCGUGGUAUGCAGAAAUGUGUUCGUCCACUCUAACUGUAACCUACAGUAGCGGCGGUCACGGUGAACGAGGUGUGAUCACCACGGAUUUGAAUCACACGUGCACCAACAACCACUCAGGUACGUCGGCUAGUGCUCCACUGGCGGCCGGAAUUUGUGCUCUCACCCUGUCCGCAAAUCCACGGCUGACGUGGCGAGAUUUGCAAUAUCUGGUUGUUUACACCGCUAGGCCGGACGGUCUGUAUGCGGACGACUGGCGUGUGAACGGUGUUGGCCGACGUGUAUCACAUGCAUUUGGGUGA